CCGAAACCAAAACGGCCAUUAUCACAGCUCUGACAAGCAAUUAAAGACAUUGAAGAUUUUGCUAAUGAUUUAGAGUAGAUCGCCAUGUGGGACUCUAGUGAGACCAAAGAUGAUGUCUCAUCUGGCCAUAAAGACUCCCCACCUGCAGAAGCUAAAACACCCCAUGAAGCAGAGAGCUGGCUCUUCAGUGUUCUCCAGCUGUAUUUCCAUGAAGAGUGAUGCGUCAAUGUUUCCUCCAAUCAAAUUCCAAAAGGAAGAGCAAGGUUUCCAGGAAGAGAAGCUGGGUUCUUCUGCUGACAGCUGUGUGUCUGUUCAGAGCAAAUGGUCAAUAGAUUCACCAACUAAUUUCCAAACGGCUGCUUCUUCGACUAGGCAAAGUCAUUCUGUGCCAAAACAGCACACGUCCGUUCCUGCUGUAUUGAGGCAACUUGAAAAGAAAGUCCUGUCUUUUGUGAGGAAGGAGCUCAGAAAAAUCUGCACGAUACUACAUCCAGAUCACACAGAGUAUGUGGAGAGUCAACCAGAGGAUGAGGAGAAUGCUAUCGAAGCCAAGGAAUCUGCGGUCAAGAUCACAAUACACAUUCUGAAGAGCAUGAAAGAGCACAGCCUUGUCGACAAGCUACUUCAAUUUCAAAUUUCAGCAUAUCAGCAAAAGCUUAAGUCCAGUUUGAAGAGCAGGAGCCAAUGUGUAUUUGAAGGAAUUGCUAAGCAAGGAAAUCCAACCCUUCUCAAUAAGAUCUACACAGAGCUGUACAUCACAGAGGGAGGGAGUGGAGAGGUGAAUAAUGAGCAUGAAGUGAGACAGAUCGAGACAGUACGUAGGAGACCUGAAACACAGGAAACACAAAUCAAAUGCAAUGACAUCUUCAAAGCCUUACCUGGACAAGACAAACCCAUCAGAUGUGUGCUGACAAAAGGAGUCGCUGGAAUUGGAAAAACUGUCGCUGUGCAGAAGUUCAUCCUUGACUGGGCUGAAGGAAAAGCAAAUCGGGACGUUCACUUCAUAUUUCCACUGCCAUUAAGAGAGCUGAAUCUGAUUAGCAAAACACAGUACACAUUGGAGCAGCUUCUUCAUUUCUUCUUUAAAGAAAUCAACGGAUUAAAACUUUCAAAUCUUGAAAACUACAAUGUCAUUUUCAUCUUUGAUGGGCUGGAUGAGUGUCGGCUACCUCUUGAUUUUGUGAACAACAGAAGAUGCACACAGAACACCGUGGUAGCCUCGGUGGAUGCACUGCUGACCAAUCUCAUCCAGGGCAAACUGCUUCCUUCUGCAUUGAUCUGGAUCACCUCUCGACCAGCAGCAGCCAAUCAGAUUCCUUCUGAGUUCAUCGAUCAAGUGACAGAGGUCUGUGGCUUUAAUGACCCUCAGAAGGAUGAGUAUUUCAUGAAGAAAAUAAGUGACCAAAGUCUGGCCAGUCGAAUCAUCACACACAUGAAAUCAUCCAGGAGUCUGUACAUCAUGUGUCACAUCCCAGUCUUCUGCUGGAUUUCAGCAACUGUUCUAGGGAGAAUGUUGGGUGAAGCAGAGAGCAACCAAAUCCCUAAGUCUCUAACUGAAAUGUAUACACACUUCCUGAUUUUCCAGACACUACAGAUGAAAGAAAAGUACAGGGAAGGACAUCAGUCUGACCCGUGCUUGAGCAGAAAGAACAUUCUUUUGCUUGGAAAGCUGGCCUUCCAGCAGCUGAGGAAAGGUCAUGUGAUCUUCUAUGAAGAAGACCUGCGAGAGUGUGGCAUUGAUGUCAAAGAUGCGUCACUAUACUCAGGACUGUGCACCCAGAUUUUCAGAGAGGAAUUUGGAUAAUACCAACGGAAAGUCUUUUGCUUUGUGCAUCUGAGUUUCCAAGAGUAUCUUGCAGCUUUAUUUGUCCACCUUUACUGGUUUACAACUCAAAACCCCAUGGGUGAUGAAAUCCAGCUGACAUCCCAAAACACAGAUCUAGGAGAGCUUUGUGUGUCCUCGACACUGUUUGACCUACACAAGAGUGCUAUAAAUCAGGCUUUAGAGUCAAUGAAUGGCCAUUUUGACCUAUUCCUCCGAUUCCUCCUUGGCCUUUCUCAGGGACGCAGUGAGACUUUGUUUCCUCAUCUUUCAAUUCAAAUUGGAAACAGCACACACAACAAUGAAAACACUGUCAGAUUCAUAAAGGAAAAGCUGGGGCCUGGUCUUAGCCCAGAGAGGUCCAUCAAUCUUUUCCACUGUCUCAACGAAUUGAAUGACCAUUCUCUUGUCAAGGAAAUCCAAACGUACCUUCAAUCCGGAAGACUUUCUUCUGAGGAACUUUCACAUGCACAGUGGUCGGCUUUGGUGUUUGUGUUGCUUACUAGUGAUGAGGGACUGGAGAUUUUUGACUUGAGGCAAUUUUUCAAAUCAGAUACUUGUCUUUCAAAGCUUCAACCUGUGAUCCAGGCCAGCCGGACCGCCAUAUUGACUGACUGCAACCUGACAAAGACAGGCUGUUUAGCACUGGCUUCAAUUCUCGAAUCAAAUCCCAAUGUUCUGAGAGAACUGGACAUUAGUUUCAAUGACCUUCAAGACAAAGGUGUGAAAUAUCUUUGCUCUGGACUGCAGAAUCCAUGCUGCAAACUGGAGAUACUGAAGCUGGAGUUUUGUGGACUCAGAAGAAACAGCUGCUUAGACCUUGUAUCUGCUAUUAAGUCAAACCCAUCACACCUUAAAGAGCUGGACCUGAGCCACAAUGAAUUUGGAAAUGAAGCAGUAACCAAGAUUCUUGGUUUGCUGCCUGACUGUAGAUUGGAGACUCUUAGGAUUCAAAAAUGUGGGGUCACAAAGGAGGCCUGUGCUUUCAUCGAGUCUGCUUUGAGUUCAAAACCCUGCCACCUUAAAAGACUGGACCUGAGUCAUAAUAAACUCUGGGAUUUAGGAGUUAAGGUGUUUCCUGGUUUGCUGGCAAACCCAAAUUGUAACCUUGAAGAGCUGAGAUUAGAAGAAUGUAACAUGACAUCAGAAAGUUGUGAACUUCGUCUCGAGGAGUCUCGUCUCCGAGCUCUAGAUUUAUCUGAUAAUAACCUGCGGGAUAUAGGGGUGAAGAAGAUUGUGAACUCACUGAAGAAUCCUCUCUGUAAACUUGAGAAAUUAAGACUGUCACACUGCAGACUGAACGAUAAGGGUUUCUCAUCUCUGGCUUCAGGUAUGAGAUUAAACCCCUUCAGUCUGAAGGAGCUGGAUCUGACCUUAAACAGACCCGGAUCCUCUGGAAUAGGACAGCUGUGUUCAGUCCUCAGGGAAAAGAGUUGUGCUCUUGAAAAACUGAGCUUACACUCUUGUGAUCUCACUGAGAAAAUGUGUGACUUCAUCAGUACUGCUCUGUGCAAUAACAUAAGGCUGAACGAGCUGAUCUUGAGCAACAACGAGCUUACAGACGAAGGUGUCUGGAGGAUAUGUCAGGGACUACUGGAGGCCAACUGUGCACUGAAGAUAUUAAAAUUAUCCAACUGUCUGCUCACUGACCAAAGCUGUGAAUACUUGGCCACGGUUCUGAGUUCACCUCAGUCCACGCUGAAUGAGCUGGACCUCACUGGAAACUCCAUCAGCCAGGAGGGGGAGCAAUUUCUGAGUUCUAUAUCAAACAUCAAUCUUUCUUUCUAAUUCAGGUGCAAUGCAAUUUUACAAUUUUCACAGCAUGUAUUUAAAUGCAUUCAGUUUUUUACACAGACCUGUGAUAAUUGUAUGCAAUUUUAAAAAUUACUUUGUCAUUAUACAGUCAAUUUUAAAAGAUCCUGAAUGCCAACAACUGAAAGGUAAAAAGUAAUAUAUCAAAAUGUUGUAUUUUUGGGAUGUCGAGAGCGUUUGCAGCUUUUCUACAAGUACUGCCGAUGAACUAAAAGACAUAUGUAAAUAAUAAUGCGCUGUGAAGCUCCGAAACCAUAUGAUUCGCUUAUGUCUUGUUACAAAAUAGCAUGUUGAGUGGUAAUGUCAGGUUUGACGUCGUUGCCACUUGUUCUCAUAAGGGUCAUAUCCAAAAAAUGUAUACAGUAACAGAACGUUUAGUUUAAGGUCAUCCUUCACUUUAAAAUGUGAGAAAAAUGUUGUGGCACAGUAAAAUGUGUUGUGUAUGUAGUGUGUAAUUGCUUUGGGAACAUUUUAAGAACUUGAGAGGUGUGUCCCUAAAGUGGGUGUUUAAAUUCUUUCAUAGCAUGAAUACAGGGAGAUCACUGUAGAGAUCUUAUAAACAGAAAAACAGAAGCAUUCAGAAAAAAUAUGAAUAAGGAGGAGCAGGAGAGAAACAUAUGAGCAUGAGAACAGAAGAUAAUCGAGAACGUGUCACAGAAGUGGGAGAGUUUAUACAUGGAUGGAACAACAAAAGCCUUUGGAAUCAUGAGUGAGAGAUGAAGUUCUAUGAUCUGAGGAUACAGGAUUUCAUUGCAAAAAUAACUCAAGGUGACAAUACAUAUCAGACCACUGGCAAGUUACAAUUCUUGUAUUUUCCCUUUAACUUUCAUUGAUUGUGAGAUUAAAAAGAUUUGGGGAGUAUAUCUGGUUUUAAUCUGCUGUGCUAGAAAAGGUUGUACUGUUGAAACAUGAGGAUGUUAUAUUUGUUCACAGUACAUCUGUUCAAGUUAUAAUGUAAUUUUGCCAGGAUCACUGUGUUUCUCAUUGUGUUGAAAACUUGACAGCUAUUGAUGCUACAUCUGUUAUGUACAUGGAGAGAGUUUGUGACUCCUUCCGAUGUUUUACAUAUAAUUGACAAAUCAUAUCAUUUUGAUUCAGUAAAAAGUAAGAGUACUUUGGAAACCAAAA